UAACAAAUCAAAUCAGACGAUAUAGCAAGAGCAAAUUGUAACCAGCAAAAAGUGACCAAUAAUCAUGGGUAAACUGACACGUAACCUUCCACGCAUUUCACCCAUUCCGGAGAAUAAGAUCUGCUGCGAGUACCACUUCGAGAAGGCGCAAUUUUUCUGCACCCAUUGCCGCACAUCCAUUUGCGACUUUUGCGCAAUGGAUCAACAUCUUGAGCAUACGUUCCAGUCUUUGGAACAGGUGCAGAUCAAACCAAACAACAAGAAAACGGCAAUGUGUGAUAAAUCAGUGGAAGCUCGCGUACAGGAUAUUGAGAAGGAGUUAGCCAAUUUGGAUUUAGAAGCAUUGACUAAGAAUAAAAAGUAAAAUGUGAUAAUUUUAAUAUAAUAAAAUCAUUAAAAGUAAAAUACAGUUGUUUCUCUAUGAGAAUAUGUCGCAAUCAAUGUGGCUAUCCCCCUAGGCCAUGGUCAGUGGCAUUUCCACCGUACAAGGAUAAAUAAUGCAGCGUGUCCCUAACAACGGUUUCGCCGAAACAGGCAAACAAAUCACGCCUCUGUAUGAUCGUCGUGAUCUUGAUUAGCUUGAUUUGGUUUGUCGUUGGUAGCGAUGCGAAAUACGUAGAAGGACACCUGAAAACGACAUCGGAUUGGGCUUUCCUGGCAAGGUUUUGCUUCCUUUCGAAUCACGGACGGUACCAGUACGAGAUUGAGUAUGAAAAGCGAUAUGGGGAGUUGAAACUGCUACUCUACUAUGAUGAUAAAACGCAGUGGCCAGCAGUAUACAAAACGGACAAGGCAUUGACAUGUUCCGAGAAACUUUCUGUACUGAGCGUUAUUGAUAAUCAGAUUGUUCCACUGACUCCGCGGAACCACGUGUAUUCCGGCUGUACUCUGUUGACGCAGAACACCAAAGAUAAUAACGGAGUACCGAAAAGGAGCUCCCCCGAUAUUUUUGGAGGGCGGACUCCAUCGAACGAGGAAGAUACAUUCACAUAUGAUCAGUUCUUGAAACCGAGCACACCGGAAACAAGCGUGGACUUAAGCGAAGGGUUCGAAUGGAACGUGACGGAGAUGGAUUUUUCCACCAUUGAGAACAGCACGUUCGAACCGAUGGUCGUGGCUCACAGUGUUGGGUACAACGAUUUGGAGAACAGUACGGACUAUCGUGUGUACGUGGAACAGCUUUUUGAUAAUACAGAGGAAAGUGCGAGAAAUGUGACCCGGAUCAGACGCGCUACCAAGUAUGAUUCGAAACUAAUAGUGAGUUGCACAAAUCACGGGACAUUCACCAGUUCACGACAGAGGUGGUGGUACAUUGCAAUUUCGAAUUGUGGAAGUAACAGAGGAUUAGACGUAUUCUACAGAUUUAAAAUGACAAAUGGCGUUCCAGGAGACUUUUGGCAUGAGCAUUUUUCCGCUGACGAAAUGUAUAUUCCACCAAUUCUUCUGGUCGAAUCGAUUUCCUACACCCUCCUUCUGCUGGCGGUGUUUCUAUGUGCCAUCGAGCUGAAGUCUCGCCACCUCUACCAUUGCACCUACCGCCUGUUUGCCUUGAGUGUGCUUCUGCAGUGGUUCGGAGUGUUGCUGCUGAGUGUCACAUGGGCCAAAUAUGCCGUAUCCGGAAUAGGACCGUUUACCAGCUUCGGCGGAUUCUUCACCAGUGCCAGUGAAAUCACGUUCCUAUUGCUGCUACUCCUGAUGGCCAAAGGGUAUACGAUUACGCGGGCCCGACUCAAGACCUGUGCCACCGUCAAAAUUACGGUCUUCACCAAUCUGUACGUGAUUGUCUACAUUUCUUUGUACAUUUAUCAGUCGGAGGCGUUUGAUCCAGGAGAAGUCUUAAACCUGUACGAGUCACCAGCAGGAUUCGGACUGGCCGGCCUACGGUGUGUGAGCUGGGGCUUUUUCAUAUACUCAUGUGCUGCUACGAUACGAAAAUUCACCGAGAAAGCACCGUUUUACUACCCAUUUACUUUGUUGGGAUCAAUGUGGAUCAUGAGUGGACCUAUACUAACAGUUGUCGGGGUGAAUGUUCUUGAUCCCUGGGUUCGAGAGAGUGUCAUGUUCGGAGCAUUGUCAUUAGUGGCGUACUGUGGCCACGCAGCAUUCCUCUGGUUAACAUGGCCUUCACGAGCUAACAAGAGCUUUCCUUACCACGUUCGAACCAAUCAUGUCGGAAUCUCUGCGGCAGAUGAUGAAGUGAACUACCCGCGACAUACAUACGCACCGGCACCUCCGGAUUCCGGCAUUAUUAUUCCGUUGUCAAGUAAUACGGCUACCCUGAAUGGGAUCUACGAUCAAUAUCUGCGCGAAAGAGACAUCUAUCACAGUACUUCGACGCCUAUCAGUUAUGUGUCUUUUCCGGCGUCAACAAAAUCGUUGAACAACAAUCAUCAUCCCCUCCCAAACUCACACAAUCAUGCCCCACUCGCAAGAGCCACUCCCUUUGAGGACAAUCAACGCAACAUCUACAGUCCGCCUGGAAGUGCGCCGCAAAGUUUGGCCAUCAGCAACGGAACGCAUGGUAACGGCAAUAAUAAUAAUAAUAACAACGACGCCGACGAUACUAACAACAACAACUAUGGCAACGAAGCGCUGGUCGAUUCUGGGCAUCCCUCGCUAGAUAUCUCAAUCUCAACGAGUCCUCCCAAGCACGAUGGUUCUGGGUCUAUUCACAAUAUCGAUAAUAACGAUGAGGGAGAGCGAAGACCCUCUUCGGAAAUGGCCAGUGUGACACCGUCAGCCCCGCCAGCAGCCUUGGAUUCGAUGGACAUCAACAGUCCCAGGACUGAACCGAAACCAUUCAAUCCGUUCAUGGUGGGUGCUGCUGCGGCAGCCAUGGCUGAGGAACGACGGCGGAACAAGAUCAUACUGCCGAGCUUGGAUGGUCAUCACCCGGAUGGGGCGGUUCCGAAGCACCUGUUCGCUGCCAAACGCGAGGAGAGGACUAGUUAAGCUGAGAUGAAACAAAAAAGAGACGAUACAGUGAUGUAGUAUUACGUUUUGAUUGUUUUUCUUGUGACACGUUUAACUCAGUUUGUUUCAGGUAACUUGCACGUUAAUAAUAUUAAAAUUAAAUAU